CGGUUUGGCGGUGUCAUGACGUGACACUACUCCACCAAAAAUAACAAUUUUCUUUACCGAUAAUAUUCUUUAAAAUUACCCAAAAAAAAAAUUCAAUUUUUUUUCUUCCAAUCGGUUCUCAAUUUCUCACACCCACUUUUCAAUUCCACCAAUUAAUCCCACUUCACACAAAAAAAACUCACCGAUCAUCGAUACCCACAUCUGAUUGAAGUGGUUGAUAAGGUUAUAAGAUUGUUGGUUGAGGAAGAAUGGCUUGUAAGGGUUUCUUGGAGUGUUUAUUGAAGCUUUUGAACUUCUUGUUGACACUAGUUGGUCUGGCUAUGGUGGGGUAUGGAGUUUAUAUGUUUGUUAUGUACACAAAUGCAAAGGGUGAUUAUGAACCGCCUAGUGGUGAUUCGAUACGGCUUGGUCGGCCGAUGAUGAUGGUUGUUUCGGUGUCGUCGGCUAACAGCAUUUUUGUUAACUUGCCUACAGCUUGGUUCAUCUAUCUAUUUGUUGGCAUUGGUGCAGCUCUCUUUAUCAUAUCUUGUUUCGGUUGCAUCGGAGCCGCAACUCGAAGUGGAUGUUGCCUAACUUGUUACUCUGUUCUUUUGAUCUUGUUAAUUCUGGUGGAGUUAGGAUGUGCUGCUUUCAUCUUCUUCGACAAAAGCUGGAAAACCGAGAUCCCAACAGACAAAACCGAAAAUUUCGACAGGAUAUACGGAUUUCUGGAGAAAAACUGGAAAAUAUGCAGAUGGGUUGCUCUAGGGGCUGUUAUAUUGGAGGCUCUUGUAUUCUUGUUAGCUCUUAUGGUACGAGCUGCAAACAGUCCAGCCGAAUAUGAUAGCGAUGAUGAGUACAUAGCUGGUCCCAGGCAGCAACGACAGCCGUUGAUCAACAGGCAACCGGUUCCCGCUACACCUGCUCCCGUUACCACAACCCUUGAUAGCCGUCCAAGCAGAAACGAUGCGUGGAGUACACGCAUGAGGGAAAAGUACGGGCUUGAUACAACUGAGUUCACAUACAACCCGAACGAGCCAAACAGGCAUCAGCAAGGCAGCGUGCAACCAACCGAGGAGAAAGGUCGUUGCUCCAUCAUGUAACGACGGUCUGACAAUGUGUGUUUCUGAAACCCAUUUUUUGUUCGAUUAAUGUUUGAUCUGUGUAUGUUUUAUCAGCAUAACAUGUUCUUGUUGAGUGUGUAUAAAACACAGUUUCAGUGUCUUCUUCUCCAUGUUGUUUCAAGUUUCGACCCGUCUUUUUUCGUAUUAGUAAAUUAAUUGUUAAUUGUGUCCA